UCCAAAUGGGAUCCAAGAGAAUCAUAAACAAAAGUUAAUUAACCCAGUGAAAAUAAAUGCAAUUUCUAUUAUUUUAAAUUAUAUAUAUAAAAUACAGUCUUUGAAAUAAUUUUUUGUGAAAAAUGGCAAAUGCUUUGAAAUCAGCUAUAUUUUUCGCAAAAGUUGUUACAUCAGAUAUUAGUAAUGCAAUCAAAGUGAGUGUACCGAAAUACAAAAUGGAUGAAAGACUCACUAUGUAUUUCAAAGAACACACAUUUCUGUAUGCUGAAGAUCCUUCAAAAAAAUGUAAAGAAGGGGAUUAUGUUAUUGUCAGAGAACUGCCUCCUGAAUCGCAAAAUAAAAAUAUUACUCACGUUGUGGAACAACUUGUUUAUGAACGAGGGAAUUAUAUUGAUCCUCUCACAGGUAAAAAGUGUGCAGGAACUGAGUUUGUUGAAGAUAUUAAAAGGACAUCUGCCUUAUUUGGAAUUGAACGGCCUUAUCAGAAAUUAAUUUAAUGUGCAAGAUAUUUCAGUUGCAUAAAAAAAAAAGCUUUGUAGUAUUGAUAAUGUAAGAAAGAAAGUGAGUGAAUAAAAUGCAUUUCUUAAACUCA